AUGGACAACCCAGCAAUGACCCCCUUAACGCCAUCCCAACUCCAAGCAUGCGCAUCAAAAUGCCUAUCCCUCCAAAGUGAAGCCCAAGAUCUCCACUCCAAACGCCCCUUCGCAGCUCUCCUCCUCAGCCCAGAUAACUCAACAAUCCUUAUGACCUCCAACUCCCUCUCCCAUGUGCGACACGCAGAAAGCGAACUCGCGCGCAACGCAGCCGAUAACUAUGACUGGGACUACCUGUCCCGCUGUACACUGGUCUCGACCUGGGAACCAUGCGCAAUGUGUAGUGGAACAAUCUACUGGGCGCAUAUCGGGCGGCUGAUCUACCUUGCGUCGGAGAAGGCGUUGCGGAGUGUUAUCGGCGUUGGGAACGAGCAAAAUCUUACGAUGGAUUUACCUUGUCGGGAGGUGUUCGAGAAGGGGCAAUUUGGUGUGGAGGUCAUUGGACCUGUUGCUGAAGGGGGAUGGGAGGAAAGGGUUGUGGAGGAUAGUAGGCGGUAUUGGGAUCGUACAUAG